CUCCACAACUUUCUCUGUUCACCUCCACUCAGUGACCCUACUCUUCUCUAGAUGAAGAACUUGAAGCAAGUGAUCUCCGUUCUGGUCGCAAUGGCCAAAGGCAAAUCAACCGCGGUGAAGAGCAAAACCAGUGCCAUGAAGACCCGGUUAAUGCUCUUCAAGAUUCUUCACGAUAAGAAGACACUGAUGAGUGUUCUCUCACAAAAAGUUCAUUCAGUGAAGGCUGAUGAGAAUGUGAAUGACUACGACAAGGCUGUCAUAGAAUAUAAAUCCACACACAGUGAAAUGGCGAAAGACAUGGAAGAAGAAGAGGGAGAAGAUGACUACCCCUACUUGAUGGAUCCAAUCCCUGAAUUAGAUGAGUUUGAUGACAAAUUUGCUGACAUUGGACUUGAGAAUGAGAUCGAUAAAGCUGCUGAUUUGUUUAUAAGGAGAUUCCACAGGCAGAUAAAGAUUCAGAAACAGGAGUCCUUCAAGAGGUAUCAAGAGAUGUUGGAGAGAAGUAUGUAGGAAAUCAGUUUACGUUGCCUCAUCAAAAGAUGCAGAGAGAAGUUAUGUAAGAGCAUGUGAAUGCCUUCCUGUGGAUUAUAGUGUUGUAGGCUGCAGAGAAUUUCAUUUUGUUGUUAUUGGUUUUUGCUCUAUCUACAUAAGCUUUAAAGCACGUACAAUUACUCAAUAUUCAAGAGAAACUACUUCCAUCGGAAUAUAAUGAGAACAAAA